AUGCCGGCAAAUUCGCCGGCCCCAGAUGGGCGCACGAAGCUGGCCAAGGUGAAAGGCAAAGGGAGCCCAGGAAAGAUCUCCGGUUCUACGUCUGCGACUGGUCUACAAUCCGGCGACAUAGACUGGAGGGUGUUUGGCCUCGAUAUGGAAACCGGCACUUCUGGGGCCGCCAGAUCACCCGUCCCUCCUCCACCAAGGCUUGGCAGCGGGCCAGGUGCAGCAACAGCAUCGCAGAAGAGAAGCACUGUGGGUGUGAAGUUGGACAGCUUGGACAACACUCAGCCAGCAGCAGCCUUCGAUUCCGUCGACCUGUCGCACUUGAGGUCGACGAUCAAGCGGUCACCGGGCUACCAGGACCACCUUCCACCGCUGCUGACCCUUCUAGAUGAGCGUGGUGUGGACUACAGCCGGCCCAAUCCGGAUCGAGAUGUUCCGCUCCCCUUGGAGGCCUUCGAGGAUUCCACAAUGUGGACACGAACCCCUGAGGAGUGGCACCAGGUCUUACAAGAUCCAUCGGGGCAGACGGUUCCGCUGGCCUGCACAGCCUUGCGUACCAUGGAGGACGGAAGUGGACGAUGGCAGAGUGGCAGCGUUCUCGGAUGGGAUGCCGCAAGCCGACGUUACAACGUCAAAUGGGUGAAUGGCCAAGAGGACAAGGUCCUCAGCUUACACGUAUUUUUCGAGGGAGAUGAUCCCAUUGUUUUUGCAGACCAUUUGAAAAAAGCGCUAGAGCAGAGGAGAUAUGCGAACAGUCUCCUCAAGUACCAUUUCUUCGUCGAUAGUAUGCCGGAGGAUCGUUCGCGCAAGAUUGGGCGCGAGUCCAUUUCGAGAAUAUCGCGCCUGGCAAAAGGGAUGCUGUGGGAUGCCAAUUCAGAAUUUGCUGACAAGCUUGGUGGCAAGCUUGAGACACUACUGCAGGAAGCACAGCGGGAAUAUAUACGCGUUCAAAACCUGAUUACCUUUGAAAAGGUACGCAGCCAGGGCAACCUGACGGUCCUGCCUGCCGAUUUAAAGUUGCCGCCGCCAGCGGAGGCGCUGGCCGUGCCCUACAUGGCGGUAAAGGUCCUACCGUCUUGGGACACCAGUACCAUGGGUGCUCCGGAUCCACAAGUUCCGCGCGGGUUCCGGCAAGCCUUCGAAUGGUUUUGCAAGGCAUCCCUGGUCAUCAGACCUGAGGUAUGUGCGGCCUUGCAGGUCACACGGGGCAUGUGCCUGGACCUCCUCACAGAAAAGGUCUUCGAGACGGCCUUCAACUCACCGCUUCGACUUCAAGAGUUCUCAGAGCGGCAGGAAGCAUCCAUCAUGCGCCUCAAGGGCCGCCUGGGGAUGUGGGUGAACACCAUCCGCAUGCGGAUAACUCAGUGCCUGCAACAGGCGACUGUGAAAUGGUACCACCUCAACGAGACUUCGCUAGAGAACUACAGGGCAAGCCGUUUGCGGCCAAUGCUGGUGUGUUGUGGGCUGAUGAUGUCCAACGCUUUUCUUCUGCUGGGCGAGGACAACCUGACCUCUUUUGUGCAGGUUCUCGAGGCCAUGACACCUUCUAGAGUUGACAUGGCCAAAGACAGAACUGUUCUGCGAUCCCUCCGCAACAUUGUGAAAGAGGGUGACAGGGAGGAGACCGCCGUGGAUCCAGCCUUGAAGAAAACUCUCUUCAAGGUAGAAAUCAUGAUCAACCCAGAAGUCGCCGCGAAAGCUGCGGCGGCCGCAGAGGUGGCUGCUGCAGCGGAGGACAAAAAGAAGACGGAGAAGAAAGGAAAAGAGAAGGGCAAGGAUGAGGAAAAGAAGCCAGAAGAGCCUCCGACCUUACACUUUGCGUACAAGACGGACCUCGCGGAGUUGAAGCAGGCUGUUCUCGGAGUGUUUGACAAGGGAAUGGCAUCCUUCAGAGAUGUGCACAGCAUCGAGAGCGUGCUCCUUCCACAUCUGAUCCGCGAUCAUCACUUGGACCCUAUCUUCACGCCCUCGGAUACCUGGGUGCAAGAUCUUCGGUCCCGGUUGGAGGAGACCUUGACAAAGCAGGAGCCAUGGCUGAAGGGCAUCUUGGAAGCGCUCGAAAGCUUCAAGGAUGUUGUGCAGAUGGACCCCGAGGCAGCGGCCAACCGGCUGCAGGCAGAACCUCAACCGCCUGCGACCGUCAAAAGCAUGAUUGAAGAGCGAAAAGAGCGUAUUCGACAAAUUCAAGAGUCCAUUCCCGAUGACAAGGAGUCCAUCGGAGUUGGCUUCUAUCGCAUAGAGUCGGGGUCCAUCCGCAACCAGCUCAUCGACAAGCUGGAGCAGUCAGUGCAGCUACUGAUGAAGUCUCUCGCAGACACGCUGGAGGUCAACAUUCACGAGGCCACAGCUGCGUUCGAGGGCAUUUUCGCCAAGUUGCAGACGCAGGUCUCAACGAUCGAGGAGUGCUCGGACAUGAAGGACUUCCUGAAGUCCAUCCCGAGUGAGCUCGCCAAGCUGGCAGGGGCCGUCAACGAAGCCAUCGGAUUGACAGACUUGGUUGAGGAUCUCCGCUACGAGCUGCCAGCUGAAACGCUGGAAGCGCGCUGGGAGAUGUUUGGCUCCUCCGGGCUUGUGAAGUCCAGGGCGGCCAAAUGUCUGGAGUACCUGAACAACAAGCACGACGAGUUCCUGCAAGGUCAGGAAUCCGAGCAGAAGGAGUUUGAGUCUCGGCUGGUGCGCCUGGAGGAGGUCAUUGAAAACUUCUCCCAGUACAAGGACCUCGGCCAAGUCCGGGAGGUCGCUGAAAAGGUUCGGACGACGUCCGAGGAGAUCAAGCAGUGCCAGGAUUUGGUUCGCUUGUUCAACUCCCGCGAGGUGCUGUUUGACAGGGACCAGACGGACUAUUCAAACCUCAACACAAUGAUCAAAACCUUCGAGCCGUACAACAACCUCUGGAAAACGGCCGGAGAUUGGGUCAACAACAAGGAGGCGUGGCUGCGUGGCCCCUUCGACGAGAUUGACCCUCGUUACUGUGAAAACGAGGUGACGAAUGGUAUCCGACUGCUAUUCAAAACCAUUCGCACCCUGAAAGAAAAUGAGGAAACCAAGUCCAUUUGCGGCAUCGCCGAGCAGAUUAAGCUAGAGCUGGAAGAGUUCAAGCCGAACUUGCCACUGGUGACCGGUCUACGCAAUGAGGGCAUGCGGCAACGACAUUGGGAGCAGAUCUCGGAUAAGUCGUCCGUGCAGGUGGGGCCAGGCAUGGAGGGCGGCUUCACGCUGCAGAGGAUGUUGGACCUUGGCCUCCUAAACUUCGCCAACGAGGUGGCCGAAGUGGGGGACCGCGCCGGCAAAGAGUAUGGCUUGGAAAAGACUCUGAACAAGAUGAAGGCGGACUGGGAGCCUCUCCAGUUUGACCUCUCGGAGAAGUACCGGAAGACGGGCACAUAUGUCCUCAAGGGAGACGGGGAGGCCAUGGUUCUUCUGGACGAGCACAUCGUAACGACGCAGGCGAUGAUGUUCUCCACUUUCAAGGGUCCCUUCGAAGAGGACAUUGAUGAGUGGAAUACCCGUCUCAUGCGGGUGUCCGAAACUCUCGAGGAAUGGCUCAAGUGCCAGAAGGCUUGGAUGUACCUCCAGCCCAUCUUCGACUCUGACGACAUCAUGCGACAGCUUCCGACCGAAGGCAAGCGCUUCAAGCACGUUGAUGCAACCUGGCGCCAGGAGAUGAUCAACACGCGGGAAAAUCCCAAGAUCAUCGACAUUUGCGCCACAGAGGGUCUGCUGGAGAAGUGGCGUGAGUGCAACAUUACGUUGGACAUGGUGCAGAAAGGCUUGGAGGACUACUUGGAAACCAAGCGGAACGGAUUCGCGCGGUUCUACUUCCUUUCCAACGACGAGCUCCUCGAGAUCCUGUCGCAGACGAAGGACCCAACUAGGGUGCAGCCCUUCCUGUCGAAGGUCUUCGAGGCCAUGUCCAAAGUCACAUUCACGGCAGACAACGAAAUCACGCACAUGGUUUCGCCGGAGGCGGAGACUGUUGAGAUGGUGUCCCCUGUGGUAACGCACCAGAAGGCAGUCGAAGUUUGGAUGGGUGACUUGCAAGAUGGUAUGUGCGGGGCCAUCCGCCACUUGAUUGCAGCCCAAAGAGGCACCUAUCCAACCAUGGAGCGAACCGAGUGGGUGCUGUCAAACGCUGCCCAGAUUGUGCUGAACGGCUCGCAGGUGUUCUGGACCUCCGAGGUCGAGGAUGCGUUCGACUCUGGGACGCUCCCGGACUAUGCGAAGAAGCUCUCGCAGCAAAUCCUGGAUUUGAUCAUGCUUCUCCGCAAGGGGGUGACCAAGCUCCAGACCAAAACGAUGAAUGCGUUGAUUGUUAUCGAUGUGCACGCAAAGGACGUGAUUUGGGGCUUUGUCGAACAAGGCGUGAAAGACAAGUUCUCGUUCGAGUGGAUCUCCCAGCUUCGAUACUACUGGGAAGUCGAUGAUCGACAGCAAGAGAAUAUGUGGGUCAAGUGCGUGCAGACAUCUUUCCCGUACGGCUACGAGUACCUGGGCAACUCCAUGCGCCUGGUCAUCACGCCUUUGACCGACAUGUGCUACAUCACCUUGAUGGGUGCCCAGUCUCUCAGCCUCGGUGGCGCACCAGCAGGUCCCGCCGGCACUGGCAAGACCGAGACAACCAAGGACCUGGCCAAGGCCUUGGCCAAGCAGUGCGUGGUGUUCAACUGCUCUCCAGAGAUGGACUACAUCAUGGUGGGCAAGUUCUUCAAAGGUUUGGCCUUCUCUGGGGCAUGGUGCUGCUUCGAUGAGUUCAAUCGCAUCAACAUCGAGGUGCUGUCCGUGAUUGCGCAGCAGUUGAUGGUCCUGUUUGGCAAGAAAGCCGAGCUGGGGAGCUACAACGACACCGUCGAGCUGGAGUUCGAGGGCACCCUCAUCGUCAUGAAGCCCACGUUCAACGUCUUCAUCACAAUGAACCCAGGCUAUGCUGGGCGAGCUGAACUGCCGGACAACCUGGCAGCUCUCUUCCGGCCGGUGGCCAUGAUGGUGCCAGACUACGCGCUCAUUGGCGAAAUCAUGUUCUAUGCCUACGGAUUUACGGAGGCAAAGAUUCUGGCCAAGAAGAUGGUGACAACAUUCACCCUCUCGUCGGAACAGCUGUCUUCACAGUUCCACUACGAUUAUGGUAUGCGAGCAGUGAAGAGUACUAUUGAGAUGUGUGGCAAGCUGAAGCGCGAGGUGGGUGACCAGCUGCCCGAAGACCAAAUCACGCUUCGCGCGCUGCGGGACGUCAACGUGCCGAAGUUCCUGAAGGAUGACUUGCCCCUGUUCGAGAACAUCAUCUCCGACCUCUUUCCAACCACAGAGAGGCCGGUGGUGGAGUACGGCAACCUGACGCCCGUCAUGGAAGCGUGCGGCAAGGAGCAGAAUCUGCAGCUCACCGACAAUUUCGUAGUCAAGGUGGUGCAGCUCAUCGACACCAUCGGGGUGCGACACGGCCUCAUGCUUGUCGGUCCUACAGGAGGUGGAAAGACUUGCAACUACCGCUUGCUGCAAGCCACUUCAAUUGCAAUGUGUGAGGCCGGCGACGCGAAGUAUCAGAAGGUGCAGACGCACAUCCUCAACCCCAAAGCCAUCACGCAGGCGCAGCUCUAUGGAGCCUUCGACGAGGUCACCCGCGAGUGGUCGGACGGGGUGGCUAGUGAGUGCGUCCGCACAGCCGUGGCGAGUGGCAAGUCGGGAAGUCCUGACAACCACUGGGUGAUCUUCGACGGCCCCGUAGACGCUUUGUGGAUCGAGUCGAUGAACACGGUCUUGGACGACAACAAGAAGCUAUGUUUGACAUCGGGAGAGAUCAUCUCCUUGACCCCGCAGAUGAGGAUGGUGUUCGAGGUGGAGGACCUGUCUGUUGCCUCUCCUGCCACGGUCAGCCGGUGCGGCAUGGUCUACAUGGAGCCAUCGGCCUUGGGCAAUGAGCCUUUGGUUCAGUCCUGGGUGGAAAGGCUGCCCAGCACCUUCAAACAGGAGAUGGUGGACAAGCUGAAGGAGCUGAUGCUGGCCUACACCCUGCCGAUGAUCCGCACCGUCCGGAAGCUCACAAAGGAGCCCUCGAUGACCGUAGACAACAACCUCUGCCAGUCACACUUCAGGCUGAUGGAUUGCUACUUCUACCCAUACAUCCCCACUGAAGCCAAGACGCCCAGUGCAGAUGAAAUCAACAAGCUUCAGUCUCAUCUCGUUCCCCUCUACUUCUUCACGUUGGUUUGGUCAGUUGGCGCCACCUGCGACAACAAGGGCCGUCAGAUUGUGAACGACCGGCUGUGGGAACUGGUGAAGGAGUCCGGCGUCCAGGUGGGGGGCACUCUGGACAGCUCCAAGUUCUGGUAUGACUACAUCUACGAGAUGGAGGGCGAACGUGAAGGCCAGUGGACGCCGUGGCUGACGUUCGCACCAAACUACACAGUGCCACCUCGCUCAGAGUACCAGAACAUUGUGGUGCCAACCGUCGACUCCAUCCGCCUCACGCACACCUUCUCCACCCUUCUUCUGAAGGACAAGCACGUCAUCGUGGCUGGCCAGACCGGGACGGGCAAAUCCGUUUACCUGUCGCUCUGGCUUCAGAAGGAUGCGCCCGAGACCAUCACGCCGAUCUUCAUCAACUUCUCAGCUCAGACGCAUGUCAACCAGCUGCAGGAUCUCUUAGACUCCAAGUUCGAGAAGAGACGACGUGGUGUCUAUGGUCCUCCAGCUGGCAAGAAGAAUGUGAUUUUCAUUGACGACCUGAACAUGCCCAAGAAGGAGUACUAUGGAGCCCAGCCACCGAUCGAGCUCAUUCGGCAGUGGAUGGACUACAACGGCUGGUACAACCGCAAGGAGCUGAAAAUGCAGGAGAUUAUUGACAUCGUCCAUGCAACGGCCAUGGGACCUCCGGGUGGUGGCCGAACCGAGAUCUCAGGGCGCCUCAAGAGGCAUUACAACGCGGUCGUUGCAGCUGACAUGUCCCGGGAUUCCAUCUUCGCUAUCUUUUCAACCAUCCUGGACUACUUCCUGCAGCAGGGCUUCGAGCGGUCCAUCAUAGACCUAAAGGACAACAUCGUGAACUGCUCUAUCGACAUCUUCGAAGCGGCCGGCACGGACCUCUUGCCGACGCCCUCCAAGAGCCACUACACCUUCAACCUGCGAGACAUCUGGAAGGUCUUCCAGGGCAUUUGCUCCAUGAAGUCCAAGAAGGUCUCGGACCCCCAGGUGGUGAUUCGCUGCUUCUGCCAUGAGAAUGUGCGGGUGUACGGGGACCGGCUGACGACACCUGAGGAUCGCGCAUGGCUCCAGGGCAAGCUGGAGGGUCACCUCAAUGACAAAUUCGGCGUUAGCCCGGUCCAGAUCUUCGACAAAGACCGCCUGGUCUUCGCUGACUUCAUGAACCAGAGCGGGGACCGCUUCUACCUUGAGGUGGAGAGCAUGAAUGCCAUGAAGGUCACCAUGGAGGGCUUCCUGGAUGACUACAACAACAUGUUUUCCGUCCCCAUGCCGCUUGUCAUGUUUGCAGAUGCUUGCGAGCAUGUGGCCCGGGUCUGCCGUGUCCUGCGGCAGCCGAACGGCAAUGCUCUGCUGUUGGGCGUCGGAGGGUCGGGCCGGCAGUCCCUCUCACGUCUUGCCAGCUUUAUGUCAGAGUACGACAUCUUCCAGAUCGAUGUCGUAAAGGGCUACGGAAUGACGGAGUUCAAAGAAGACCUCAAGACCUGCUUAAUGAAGUGUGGUAAUGAGCAGAAACCUACAACCUUCCUCUUUGCCGACACGCAGAUCGUGAACGAGCAGAUGGUAGAGGCGAUCAACAACGUUCUCAACAGCGGAGAUGUUCCCAACUUGUACAAGAAUGAGGACAUGGAUUCCAUCAUGCAAGCCUGCCGGGCUGCGUGCCAGCAGGCUGGCAUCCCGCCAACCAAAGCAAACGUCUUCAGCACUUAUCUCGGGCGUGUGAAGGCAAAUGUGCACGUGGUCUUGGCGUUCUCACCUGUCGGCGACGCCUUUCGAACCCGACUCCGCAUGUUCCCGUCGUUGGUGAACUGCUGCACCAUCGACUGGUUCGCAGAGUGGCCGGCAGAGGCGCUGUACAGCGUGGGCAAGCAGCAGAUGACGCUGGAGGACCUGCAACUGCCAAACUUGGAAGGCGUCCUCAAGGCCUUCUCGGUGGUACACCAGUCUGUGGAGCAGGCUGCCAAGAAGACCAUGGAAACGGCCAGGCGUGCCAUUUACAUCACUCCCACAUCUUACCUGGAGCUGAUCGCCUCCUUCAAGAAGGUGCUGGCCAUGCGGCGGGACGCCGUCGGGACCCUGAAGAACCGAUUGCAGAAGGGCUUGGAUGCCCUCGGAGCGGCAGCAUAUGCGGUGGCCAACAUGCAGUCCGAGCUGGAGGCCAAGCAGCCCGUGCUUGAAGAGACGAAGGUGAAGGUGGCAGAGAUGAUGGUCGUCAUCACUGAAGACAAAGCCAAGGCGGCGGUGACCAAAGAGCAGUGCCAGGUUGUGGAGACGGAAGCGCAGGAACAGGCAGCCAAAGCAACGGCCAUCAAGGAGGAUGCGGAGAAAGACUUGAACGAGGCACUGCCCGCACUGAACGUGGCCGAAAAGGCUCUGAAAGCCUUAAAGCUCUCUAGCCUGCAGGAGAUCAAGGCUUUGGGCAAGCCUCCGGACGGCGUGCGCCUGACCCUGGAGGCCGUCUGCGUGAUGUUUCAGGUCAAGCCGAUCAAGAAGAAUGACCCCAACCAGCCGGGCAAGAAGAUUGAUGACUACUGGGAGGCUUCGCAAAAAGGGCCCUUGAGCGACCCAAAGAAGCUGUUGGACGACCUCUUUGAGUUUGACAAGGACAACAUUGCAGAGCCCGUCAUCAAGAAGAUCGGGGAGUAUGUCGACCGGGAGGAUUUCGACCCUGCUGCGAUCAAGAAGUCUUCGGUGGCCUGUGAAGCUUUGUGCAUGUGGACGCGGGCAAUGCACAAGUACCACUUUGUGGCAAAGGCUGUCGAGCCCAAACGCAGGAUGCUGGCAGAUGCUGAAGCUAGCUUGGAGAUCACCAUGACGAAGCUCCGCAAUGCCCAAGCCGAGCUGAAGGCAGUGGAAGACAAGCUGGCGCAGCUGGAAGCCGACUAUAAUGCGGCUGUGGCAAAGCAGGACCAGCUUGCGCACGAAAUGGAGAUGUGCGUCAUCAAGUUGGCAAAUGCCAACAAGCUCAUUGACGGCCUGGGAGGAGAAAAGGAUCGAUGGUCAGCAACCGUCGACUCCCUGACAAGAGAGUACGACCUCCUGCCUGGGGACUCCCUCAUUGCUGCAGGAAUGGUAGGGUAUGCUGGCCCCUUUGCCGGAGAGCAUCGCCAGCACUUCGAGAAGCUGUGGUUGAGCACGGAGGAUGAGGAGGGUAUCACCCACAAAGCCGGGGCCAGCCUCGUCAACGUCCUUGGCCAACCAGUCGUGAUCCAGCAGUGGGCAGUGUGCGGUCUUCCCAACGACAACCUGUCUGUUGAGAACGGCAUCAUCAUCGCUACUGCGAGGCGUUGGCCAUUGAUGAUCGACCCCCAGCGGCAGGCCAACAAGUACAUCAAGCUUUACGGAAAGGUGGCCAGUGAGCAGGGCAUGGGCACCUGCAAGCUCUCGGAUCCCAAUUUGCUGCAGACGGUUGAGCUGGGCAUCCAGUUCGGAAAGUGGAUCCUGCUGGAAAACAUCGGCGAGCAACUGGACCCUGCUCUAGAGCCGGUUCUGCAGCAGCAAAAGAUCCGGGAUGGCACUUCCUUCGUCAUCAAGCUCGGCGACAAGAACGUUGCCUACGAUGACAAGUUCCGCUUUUUCAUGACCACCACACUGGCAAACCCUCACUACUCGCCGGAGACUUCAGUCAAGGUCACCUUGCUCAACUUCGCCAUCACUCCAGAGGGCCUUCAGGACCAGAUGUUGGGCAUCGUCGUGGCCAAGGAGCAGCCGGAGAUGGAAGAGAAGAAGCAGGAGCUCGUAAAGAAUGGAGCUGCGAUGAACAAGCAGCUGAAGGACAUUGAAGAUGAGAUAUUGCGUCUGCUGUCUGCAGACGGCGACAUCCUGGAGAGCAAGGAACUCAUCGACACGCUAGAGUACUCCAAGAAGACAUCCGCGGUCAUCAACAAGGCCAUGGAGGAGGCCAAGGUCACGGAGGUGGAGAUCGACGAAGUGCGAAGGUCCUACAAGGACUACGCGUUCCGCGCUCAGCUGCUGUUCUUCGCAGUCAGCGAGAUGAGCAUCAUCGACCCCAUGUACCAGUUCAGCUUGCAGUGGUUUCAGCAGCUGGCCGGCCUUGGAAUUGAUAACGCGCCGGCCGGUGAGACGCCGACGCAGCGACUUGCAAACUUGAUCAGCUUCUUCACCUACUCCAUCUACCAGAGCGUUUGCCGAGGGCUCUUCGAGAAGCACAAGCUUCUUUUCUCCUUCAGCCUGACCAUGAAGAUCAUGAAUGGCGAGGGUCGCCUGGAUGCUAACGAGGCCCGAUUCCUGAUGGCAGGUCCCACCGGCGAAGUCAAGGGCGGACCUCCCAACCCGGCCGAGAAGUGGCUCACCUCCAAGUCCUGGAAUGAGGUCCUGUCGCUUGCGCAGCUGCCAGCCUUCUCCGGAUUCGAUGGCUUCUUCGCUGCCAACGUAAAGGGGUUCCAGCGGAUCUACGAUGCACCGGAAGCAGACCAGGAGCCUGUCCCGGGCGAGUGGGGCGGCCGAAUGACGCCCUUCCAGAAGCUGUGCUUCCUCCGAACGAUCAGGCCGGACAGGGUCCAGACCUCCGUGCUGGAUUUCGUAGCCCAUGAGAUGGGCUCCAAGUUCGUGGAACCCCCGGUCUUCGACAUUGCCAUAUCGUACGAGGACUCCACCAAGAUGUCCCCGCUGAUCUUCGUGCUCUCCGCCGGCAGUGAUCCUGUUGCGGACAUGUUGGCCUUCGCCGAAGCCAGCGGCAUGGGCGCCAAGCUGGAGAGCAUCUCUCUGGGACAGGGACAGGGUCCCAAGGCCGCGCGGAUGAUCGACAAGGCUCGGGAGGGAGGCGGCUGGGUGCUGCUCUGCAACUGCCACCUGUCCAUCUCUUGGCUUCCGGAGCUGGAGCGCAUCUGCGAGCAGAUGAACCCCGAGGAGACGGACAACAACUACCGGCUCUGGCUGACCUCGAUGCCCACUAAGCAGUUCCCGGCCCUGCUCCUGCAGAACGGGGUCAAGAUGACCAACGAGCCGCCAAAGGGUCUACGAGCCAACGUCCUCGGAUCCAUGAUGAAGUGCGACGAUCGGAUGCUGUCGGAUUGCGAGAAGCCGGAAGCGUAUGCACGCCUGGUCUUCGGCUUCUGCUUCUUCCACGCCGUGUGCCAGGACAGACGAAAGUUCGGGCCCAUUGGCUGGAACAUCCCGUACAACUUCACACCUGAAGAUCUGACGACGAACCGGAGGCAGCUGAAGUACUUCCUCGACAAGUUCGAUGAGAUUCCCUACACGGUGCUGCAGUUCCUGGGCUCCAGGAUCAAUUACGGUGGGCGCGUCACGGACAAGAAGGACAAGGUGCUGAUUGAUUGCCUGAUCAAGAUCUUCAUCUGCGAGGACGUUGUAGUCAAAGGUGAGAAGUACAAGUUCUCGCAGGGCGGACUGUUCUACUGCCCCAAUGCGUCCUCACAGGAUGAGUUCUUGGCCUAUCUGCGCGGUCUUCCCUACAUGACGCCACCCGAGGUCUUUGGCUUGCACGAAAACUGCGAGAUCACCUGCGCAGAGGCAGAGUCCAUGGCCAUGCUUUCGGACGUCAUGGCACUCAACGCCGCGGGAGGCUCUGGCAGUUCCGGUGGCGGCAAAUCCGCUGAUGAGGUCAUGGAUGAAAUGGCGGCAGAACUGGAGAAGCAGACGCCCAGCCCGUGGGACCUGGAUCUAUGGGAGGACCGCUUCCCAACAAAGUACGAGGAGUCCCGCAACACCGUGGUAAAGCAGGAGGCUGCAAAGUACAACAAGCUCCUUGCUCUCUUGAAAGCGCAGCUCCCUCUCUUCCGUCGAGCUGUGAAAGGGUUUGUUGUCAUGACUGACGAGUUGGAGGCUAUCGGGAAGGGCUUCUUCAUGAAUGCGGUUCCAGAAGGCUGGGCUGGUAUCGGCUUCCUCUCGCUGAAGCCGCUGACAUCCUGGUACAAGGAUUUGAACGAUCGCAUCGAUUUCUUCAAUAAGUGGUACGAAGGAGGCCAUCCUAUUUCUUUCUGGCUCCCCGGUCUGUUUUUCCCACAGGCAUUCAUGACUGCGGUCAUGCAGAACUUCGCCCGUGCCCACAAGUACCCGAUCGACCGGAUCGACUUUGACAUCGAGGUGCGAGAUGACGUCCUUUUGGACGGAAGUGAUUUAACGGAGCAUCCCGAGGCAGGAUCCUACAUGUAUGGACUCUUUCUAGAAGGCUGCCGGUGGGAUGACAACCUCCACGCCCUGGCACCAUCGAUGCCAAAGGUGCUCUUCACCCAGGUUCCAGUCGUGCACUUCGUCCCCACACUGGACUUCAAGGGCAAGCCCGGAGUGUAUCCCUGCCCUGUCUACAAGGUGUUGAGCAGAAAGGGUACUCUGUCCACCACUGGCCACAGUACAAAUUUUGUUCGGGACAUGAUCCUACCCACUGUGGACGAUCCAGAUGUGUGGAUUCGAGCCGGAGUUGCUGCCUUCCUGGCCCUGAAGUACUAA